AUGAGAAAAUUCUUUGGUCAAAAGUCAAAACAAAAAACAUCAUCAUCAUCAUCAACAACGGGAUCCACUAUUAUUAUGCCAUUUUUACCAGUUAAUAAAGAUGAAGAAAAACAUAUAUCAAAUUCGACAUUAAAUUAUAAUACAGACAUCACAACAACAACAACAACUUCAGAAAAUGAUGUUAAAACUAAUGAUGAUAAUUCAAUAUUGACAGAAACAUCAAUUGAGAAUUCCAUAAGGCAUGAUGAUCAUGGUGAAAAAUCCACAAAAUUAUUUGUUGUUAUUUCAGAUGCUGAUUCAACAAGUACGCCAUUAAUAACAACUGAAACAGCUGAUGGUCGAUUAUUAAAUGUCGAUGAAUGUGAAAUGAAUGAAUCAAUAACAGCAUUACCAUUACGCCAACGCUCAUCAACUUAUUCUAAUCAACAAUAUCUUCGCCCACGAGAUCAAAAUUCAAAAAAAAUUAUGAAAGAUUCUAUUCGUCGUCGAAGUUGGAUUAUAUUUCAAACGAAUAGUUGUCCAUCACCAGAUGUUGUUUUACAAAAUCAACAAAAUACAAAUUCGUUUCGAUUACGUCGUUUUCGUUUAGGUCUUUCAGAGCCAAAUUUAAAUUCUUUACAAAUGAAUCAAUCAACAUCAUCAAGUAGAACAUCUUCACGAACAUUAUCAUCCGCAACAAAUAAUACAAUGCAAUCAUUAUCUCGUCGUUCAAGUGCACGUCGUCCAAAUUUAUCGAGUUUAAAUUUAAUUAAUUUAAAACAUGCAUUUCGAAAACAAUUAUCUCCACGUCCACAAACACUUUCAACAUUAUUACCUGAUUCAAAUCAAGAUUCACAUAGUCUUGAUGAUAAUACAAAUCGUCGUUGGUCAUUAACAUCAGUUCCAUCAUCAAGUGGUUAUGGUACAACAUCACCACCAAGUUCACAAUAUUCAUCAUUUGAACGUCUUCAACAUCAACAUCAUAUAUGUACAUGUAAACAACAUUCAUCGGAUACAAAUCCACAUGAUGAUUAUGAACAUUUAGAAUCACGUUCAAUAUCAAUGUCAUUACUUGAUGCAAAUCUUUCAUCAUCACCAAGUAAAAUGAUGCUUAUGUUUGAUCAAGAUAUCAAUACAAUGGCCUAUAUUUAUAAAGAACGUUAUCCAAAAGCUAAAGUACAAAUGGAAGAACGUUUACAAAAUUUUAUUGAUACAUAUAAAUUAAUUGAUAAAUUUGAUUAUUGUUCCGAUGGUUCAGCGCGAUUUAUACAUAAUCAAAUAAUUGAAUUAGCAAAAGAUUGUUUAGAAAAAUCAACAAAUGAUUUAAUAACAACAUUAUAUUUUAAUGAAAUGAAUGAUAAUCUUGAAAGAUUAUUAUUAAAUGCUAAUGAAAAAUGUCCACAAGCUAUUGAAAAUUUACAAACAGUUGUACGAAAAUUAUUAUUAACAACAGCAAGAUCAGCACGUCUUCUUGAAUGUUUAAAUUUUGAUCCCGAAGAUUUUUUACGUACAUUAGAACAAGUUGAAUAUCAAGCUAAAACUAUAACAGAUCUUAAACAAGAUAUACCCAAAUAUAUUUGCUCAAAACUUAAUCUUGAAAGAAAUCCACUUGAUAUUGUUGAUGGUUUACAGGUGAAUGAAUCAGAAACGAUUGAAGAAAAAAAUUUACCAAAUAUUUUAUUAUCAGAAAAUGAAAAUGAAUCAUUAACUGAAUUGAAUUAUCUAACUAUUACGCCUAAUACAAUAUUUCCACCUCUUGAACGUUCACCAUCAAUGAAAGGUCCAUGUGAAGAAGAUUUUGAAAUUUUAAAAUUAAUUUCUAAUGGUGCCUAUGGUGCUGUUCAUUUAGUGAAACAUCGUCAAACUCAAGAACGUUAUGCUUUGAAAAAAAUUUCUAAAACAAAUUUACUUUUACGAAAUCAAAUUGAACAAGCAUUUGUUGAACGUGAUAUAAUGACAUUUACAGAUAAUCCAUUUGUUGUUGCACUUCUAUGUACAUUUGAAACAAAAAAUCAUUUAUGUCUUGUUAUGGAAUAUGUUGAAGGUGGUGAUGUUGCUACAUUACUAAAAAAUAUUGGUGGACCAUUAAAUGUAGAUAUUGCACGAAUGUAUUUUGCUGAAACAACAUUAGCUGUAGAAUAUUUACAUUCCUAUGGAAUUAUACAUAGAGAUCUUAAACCAGAUAAUCUUCUUAUAACAGCAAUUGGACAUAUAAAACUAACUGAUUUUGGUUUAUCAAAAAUUGGUUUAAUGUCUUUAACAACAAGUUUCUAUGAAAAACUUAUUGAUAAAGAAACAAAAACAUUUAAUGAUAAACAAAUAUGUGGUACACCAUCCUAUAUAGCACCUGAAGUUAUAUUACGACAAGGUUAUGGUAAACCUGUUGAUUGGUGGAGUAUGGGAAUAAUUCUUUAUGAAUUUUUAGUUGGUAUACCACCAUUUACAGGUAAUACAGCUGAUGAUUUAUUUGCAAAUGUUAUUAAUGGACAAAUUGAUUGGAAUGAUUUAAUAUCUGAUAUUGAUGAAAAUUCAUCGGAAGAAUUUAUUUAUACAGAUGCAAAAAAUUUAAUUGAACAAUUACUUGAACAUGAACCAUCAAAACGUUUAGGUACAUUAGGUGGUGCAUAUGAAAUUCGUACACAUGCAUUUUGUUCUUGUAUUAAUUGGAAUACAUUAUUACGUGAAAAAGCUGAUUUUGUACCUGUAUUAGAAUCACCAGAUGAUACAUCUUAUUUUGAUACAAGACAAGAUCGUUAUAAACAUUCAGAUGAUGACGAUAGUUUAUCAUCAUCAACAACAGCAAAUAAUGAUUCCGAUUCCUUAUUUGCAUCAUUUUCUUCAGUUUCAAUGAAAUAUGUAUCCGAAUUAUCCGGAACACAUAAACCACGUAAACAAGAUAAUGAUUCCACAUCAUCAACAGAUAUAUCAAGAGCAAAUUCAUGUACAGAUUCUCUUAAUUCAAAUAAUAUUAUUCAUAGUGAUUCACAAAAUGAUUUUCAAGCACUGCCUAUGACUGAUGAAAAAGUUGAAUCACGUCCGAGUGGACCCAUAUUUGGUUCGGAUAUAUUCGAACCAAUCGUAAUUUCAUCUGAUGAAUCUGAAACUUCACCAAAAAAAAUCAAUUCAUCAUCAUCAUCUCCAACAUCAUUUCAAAAAAUAUUAAAUAUAGAUGAUAAAAAAUUAUCCGUAUCAUCUACAAAACAUUAUAAACAACGAAAAAUCUCGAUUAAAUUACUUGAACAACAAAAUUCUGCCGAUAGUGGUGAUGAUAAUCAUCAACAAGAAAAAAAUAAAUAUCGUUCACAUAAAAAAACUCGAAUACCACGUGUUUUAUCUCCAAUACAAUCAAAAAUACCUACACCUAUUCUAUCAAUAUCAAAUGAAAAUUGCCAAAACUCAUUUUCAUCUUAUAAAUCAGUGAAUUAUAACAAUCAACAACGUAGUUUUCCACGAUCACUUUCCAAAUCAUUUUCAUCCUCAUCUUCAUCUUCAUCUCCACCACCACCGCCAAUUUGUAUUAAUACUCAGGAUGAUCGUUUGCAUCGCCAUAUGCACCGGCAUAAUAUGGCUGUUUCACCACUUGAACGUGAUACAACGUUGAAGGGUAAACAACAAAAUUCAUAUUCAGCAUCAAUUCAGUCAUUAAAAAAUAAUCUUCGACCACCAAUUAUUAUUCGUCGUGGUCCACGUAGUUUUGGUUUUACGUUACGUGCUGUUAAAGUCUUUCAUGGAAAUACAGAUUACUAUACAACACAACAUGUUGUUAUUGCUGUUCAAGGUCCAGCUGAAGAAGCUGGUUUAAAACCGAAUGAUGUUAUAACACAUGUUAAUGAACGACCAGUUGCUGGUUUAUUACAUUCGGAAGUUGUGAAAUUAAUUCUUAGUGGUUCACAAGUAUUAUCUAUAUGUUCAAUACCUUGUUCAGAAACUCAAAUACGUACUGGUGGAAGACGUCGAUCACCAUCGAAACAAAAACUUCGUUAUCAAUAUCAAUCAGAAAAAAAAAUUACAAUAAAUAAUAAUAAUAAUCAUCAAUCAUAUUGUCAAAAACAUCAAAUGAAUUCAUCAGGAAAUCAUACAUUAAGUACAAAUGGAAAUAAUUCAAAUAAAAAACAUCAACAUAAUACUUCAUUAUUUCGACGUUUAAGUGAAAGAAGAGUUGCUCGUGAUAUUGAAGCAGCUGCUGCUGCUGCAGGUGCUUCAUUAACAAUACCAUCAACAACAUAUACAAAUACAAAUAAUAAUCAUAAUACAUUAACAACAACAAAUACAAAUAUUCUUUCGUCUUCUUUACCAGCUCUUGUAUUUAAUCAGUUAACAGCUGAUAAUAAUAAUGAACAAUCGUGUUCUUCACAUCAACAAGUUGAUCCUUCAGAAUGGCCAUCACAUAAUCAAUCUCUUCUAUCUAUCAAUGAAUCUAAUUUACCACAAUCAACUCUAUUACCAUCAAUUGUUAAACAAAAAUCUCAAAAUACACUUUCACCUUUGGUUAAAUCCAUAUCAUCAUCUGAACAACCUGUUCGUCAAUCUCUUUGUAAAACUAUAUCCGAACCACCACGUGGUUCCUAUCAACAUAGUACUAGUCAAAAUGAAAUUCAAUUUCCGCCUCGACGAAAUUAUUAUAAUCAAUCUUAUUAUUAUCAUCAUCCACAAACGGCUUUAUUACCUAGAAAAAAACUUGUAAAUCAAAAAGCUGUUUUUCGAUCGUCACCACCGGUACAAUUUCAAUCUCGACUUAUAUGGGAAAAUAAUCUCACUUGGAAUAAUCCAUCAUAUUAUCUUGAUCAGUCAACAUAUAAAAAUAUCGAUAAUGAUAUUUCAAAUCCGGUUGUUUCUUCUCCUAAAUUUCGUUAUCGACGAAAAUAA